GGUUUAAUAAAGAUUCAAUUAAACAAGAACCAGUUGAUAUAAAAGAUUCAAAUUGGCAUAUUUCUAUUAGUCCAAAUGGAAAGUAUAUUGUCACAUUUAAUCAUGAAAAUAUGCAGUUUAAUAUUGUUGAAUAUGAUCAAUAUAAUACAAUUAAUAAGCAAAAUUCAUGUACAAUUAAUGAAGAUUUUAAAGAAUAUAAAUUUAAAGAAAAGCUUUAUUCAAAAUGGAUGUUAGCAAUAUCAAAUAUGGAUCAAAAUAUUAUCUUAGUUGCAAUAUCAUAUAUAACAGAAUUUGAUAUGUUAGUUAGUAAAGAAGUUAAAGAUGAUAAGCAACCUUUAAAUGGAAAAACUAUUAUCUAUAAAAUAAAAUAUCCAUUUAAGCAAGAUGAUAAUAUUAUUAUUAUUAAAAAUGAAUAUAUUAGCAUAUUUAAUAAAGGUGGGAUUGUUUCUUUUAUUUACAAUUCUGAUGAAAUACAAAAAGUUGAUUGUUUAAUCUUUAAUGCAGAAGGAAUAUAUAAACUUACAUACAUAAUUAAUA